AUGUCCGUCAACAGAGACGGCAACUCCACCAUUCUGUUCAUACACGGGGCCUUUGUCGACGCUCACGAUUGGGAACUGGUGGUACCCUACAUCCACGACUACCAUCUUCUUCUCCCAGACUGCCCUGGACACGGUCACUUAUCGCACAUAUCGUUCUCUAUCGAGACAUCCGCAGAGCAUAUCGCGCGUCUGAUAGAGGCACAAGCUGUCGGCGGUCGAGCCCACGUUGUUGGCCACAGUCUCGGUGCUUCUAUCGCUGUCUGCCUUGCCGCGAACUGUCCUCAUGUCGCUGCGUCGUUGUUCGUCUCUGGAUACAGCGAAGCGCCUGUUUCCAAAGCUCCGCUACUGCCUUACCUGCUCUGGGCCUCCAAUCGCAUGGAAAACGCUGUCCCACGACCGUUGAUUCGCUGGCUCAUGGACGGUACAGAUCUCCGCCGCACGAAUAGCCCUUCGCUAUCGCUUUGCACACAGAUCGCGCAUACCGACAGUGCUGCAGCGCACAUUCGAUCGUGGUCUGCACGAACAUUGAUCGUUGUCGCUGGGAAAGGUGGGCUGGUCCCAUCUAACGAUAGCCCGGAGGCUGCUCGCAAACUCGUCAAGAUGGGGAAGGAAAAUGACACUACGACUCUUGCUUAUACGCAUCCGGAUAUGAGGCAUCCUUGGAAUAGGCAGAAUCCUCGACUUUGGGCGGAGACUGUUGUAGCCUGGGUUGAGGGGAAGGAGCUUCCAGCUGGGUUUGUGCCACUGUAG